AUGGAAAUAUUUCCCUCCAAUACAGUCGCAAAUUUUAAAGUGAAACUUCCUGAAACCGUUUCGUUAACUGGUGAUUGGGAAGUCGCUCUUGUUGAGAUGCAAUACGCACACACCUGGAGUACUAUAAGACAGGGUGUUCAGCAAACGUUUGUAUAUACUGUGGGCAGUGAACGAAGCACUGGAAUCAUUGACAGUGGCCAUUACGAAAGUGUUCCGGAUCUCGUCAAGAAUUUUAACAGUCAUAUUUCGAAAGAUUUACAAAACAAAAUUCAAUUAACGUAUAGUAAGCAUACACGCAAAGUAACCGUCGAUGUUAAAAAACAAGCAAGCAUUUGGUUCACCGGUGAUAUUUCUGCUGCGUUAGGGUUUGACCAAGACAGUUAUAUUACCAAGAAAACAACGUCGCCCUAUACGGCAGAUAUUGAGGCAGGAUUUCCGUCCAUGUUUGUGUAUUGCAAUCUUGUGAGUGAUCAAAUUGUUGGUGAUAAAAAAGUUCCCUUGCUACGUACCGUUCAAAUUAAGGGCAGAUACGGUGAUAUAAUUACAAGAACGUACCAGAACCCAUUAUGUAUGCCAGUCGGUACGAAGCGAUUUGAAACGCUGGAAGUGUACAUAACCGACGAUUCAGGAAGGCCAGUGCCAUUUGAGUACGGGCGGUCGAUUUGUACACUACAUCUUAGACCAAAUCAUUCCAUAUACUUUUAAUAUGAAACAGUGGCAGACUGGAGGUGCUCUGCCAGCAUUUGUGGGGGCUAGAAUGCAGAGAGGCUUUGGCAGAUUUCGGCCACAAUCUGGUAAUGGCUUAGGAGGGAUUUUAAGAAAAUUGUUUCGCAGCGCAGUUCCGUUUUUGGUUCGCGGGGGAAAAGAAGUGGGGCGACAGGCCCUAAAGACAGGUGUUGCGAUUGGAGAAGAUGUUCUUAGUGGAAAAAACGCGAAAACGGCCGCCAGAAAUCGUUUACACGAAGCAGUUGGGAAUAUGACAGAAAAAGCAAUUAGUCAUGCUCAAUCGAACAUGCAAAAUGGUCGAGGGAUUAAAAGGAAAGCUAAUGUUAAAACUCCGAAUCAGUCUAAAAAACCUCGCAAGGCAAGCACACCUAAGACCAAGACCAAGACUAAGAAAAAAAAGACACAAUAUAACGAUAUAUUUGGUAGCUGAGACAUGCUGAAGCCUAUUCACUACGAUUCCGAAGCGUGCAACAAAAGUGAACUGAAUCUAUUUAGCGUUCCUCCUACGCAAGUUACAGUCGAGAAAAGUAAAUUUGUAGAUUAUUUUCCCGUGUCAACUCUAAGCGAGGAUUCUGCCCCUAUUGAAUUUUUUGUUCCUGGCAAUGGAGAAGAUUAUUUAGAUCCCAGCCGCAUGCAACUGUACAUAAAAGCUAAAAUAAAAGCUGCUGAUGGAGAAAACAUCGAAGCUGAAGAUCAAGUUGGUCCACAAAAUUUAUUCUUACAGUCCAUGUUUAGUCAAGUGAAUGUUUCACUCAACGAUAAAUUAAUCACGCCAAGCGCAACGACCUAUCCUUACCCGUGCCAUGAUUGA